GCUGUUGAAACUUAAUGUAAUGACAGUACUGUGUUACACUCCGUUGGUAACGUUUGUGCAAUGUUACUUGCCAUUUGUGUUUUUGUUGUAUGUUUAAAUUAAAUAAAUACAACUAAUAUUUUUAAAUCUAUUUUUAUGUACUAUUUAAUACGCUAUAAUUGCUUAACAAUUUAAAUCGUGUAUAGGGAAAAGUUUAAAAUAUCUUAAAUGAAAGUUUAAUUAGCUUAAAUGAAUACAUUUUUAAAGAAGACGUCUUUCAAAACAAUAAUAGACUGUGUUAAAAUAUUUUGAGCUGAAAGUAUGCUGGAUGAAAUAUCGUUGAAGUAAAAUUACAAAACCUAUAUAUUGCAAUAAUAGUUAUUGUAAAUGAUUCUUAAUUACAACGCAUUACAAUAAUCUGUCAUCAGUUCAAAUCGAAAUGACUUCAGCUCCCCGAAUGGUGCUAAUGCACCUACCUCAAAACCAACCAAUGGACAUAACAUUUAAAGACGUCAUAUAUUCUGUUAAUAUCGGAUAUUUCAAAAAAGAAACGAAACACAUACUUAGAGGGAUCUCUGGACGUUUUAAUUGCGGUGAAUUAACAGCUAUAAUGGGACCUUCUGGCGCAGGAAAAUCUUCAUUGCUCAAUAUUUUAACCGGUUUUCAACGUAAUGGUGUCGAAGGAUUGAUUAAAACCACUAAAAUUCAAGACGAUAACAUAUCUAAUAAUUCUGACUUAACAGAAACUGUUGGAAACAUUAUGUGUAGAAAAGAAUCAUGUUAUAUUAUGCAAGAUGAUCAACUAUGUCCACUAUUUACUGUUUUAGAAAUAAUGAUGAUGGCGGCUGAUCUUAAACUCGGUUAUACUCUCUCUUAUAAAUCUAAACUUUUAGUUAUUGAAGACAUACUAGACAGUAUGGGACUUGCCAGUAGCAUUCACACAAAGUGCGGAAGACUAUCUGGCGGACAAAAGAAGCGUUUAUCUAUAGCCCUUGAACUCAUUGAUAAUCCACCUAUCAUGUUUCUUGAUGAACCAACUACAGGUUUAGACAGCACAAGUUCACAUCAAUGCAUAUCAGUUUUAAAGGGGUUAGCUAGAGGUGGCAGAACAGUUGUGUGCACUAUACAUCAACCUAGUGCAAGUACGUUUGAAAUGUUUGACCACGUGUACAUCAUGUCUGAAGGAUUCUGUGUCUAUCAAGGCUCGUCUCUUAACAUCGUACCUUAUUUACAAACAAUUGGUCUUAAUUGUCCACAAUAUCACAACCCAGCAGAUUUUAUAAUGGAAGUGGUCACUGGAGAAUAUGGACACUACACAUCACAACUAAAAAUAGCUGCUUCUGAUAACUCUUGGAGAACACAACGCCAAAUAAUGAGUUCAGAUUUGAAAGUCGAAAAAAUAAAUAAAACUCAGUUAACAACCACUUUAGUAUUGGUUAACCAGCCAACCGAGUUAAAUAAACUAUUGAUUUUGAUUCAUAGAUUUUUAUUACAACUCUACAGAGAUUGGACAGUCACUCAUGUUAAGCUGUGUAUGCAUUUUCUGGUUGGAGUUUUACUGGGACUACUUUUUGAAAAUGCCGGCGUAGAUGGUGGAAAAACAAUUAAUAAUAUUGGAUUUUUCAUUGUUUCUCUUGUUUACUUAAGUUAUACUUCUAUCAUGCCAGCUAUUUUAAAAUUCCCGGCAGAAAUACAUAUAUUAAAAAAAGAAUUAUUUAACAAUUGGUAUAAGCUACCGACUUACUUCGUAGCAUUUCUCCUUACAAAUUUGCCAAUUCAAAUGAUGUUUUGCUUUAUUUACACAUCAGUGGCUUACUACUUAACAUCACAACUAUUAACUUGGACACGCUUUUCUAUGUUUCUCUUUAUUUGUCAACUAAUGACUCUCAUAUCUGAGGGUAUAGGCCUAAUUUUAGGCACAGCUAUGAGUCCUGUUAAUGGAGUUUUUAUUGGAUCCAUCAUCACAUGUUUGUGCAUUCUAUUUGCAGGCUUUUUAGUUUUAUUUAAUCAUAUGUCAGCGUUUUUGUACUACGUUUCAUAUUCCAGCUAUAUGAGAUAUGCAUUAGAAGGACUUGUUUUAUCCAUAUAUGGUUAUGGCCGUGAUCCUUUAAGGUGUUUUGGAGAUAAAGAAUACUGUCACUAUCGUUUUCCAGAAACAACAUUUAAAGAAAUUGGUAUGACAGAUGGUAGAUUUUGGAUCGAUGUGUCGUCGCUAUCUAUUUACUUAAUCAUCAUCUUAAUUAUAAGUUAUGUUGCUCUAAGGAAGAACUUGAAAAGUUCUGUUUAAGCUUAAUAAACUGUGAUCAUUAGAUUCAUAAAUAUUUAAUUAAUGUUUUUAUAAUCUAAUAUAGAUUAUAUUAUAGAUCUAGUGAUACUGAUGUUGAAAUUGUAAAAAUGUAUGUAGACCAUGUUUUCUACUUCAUUUUCAUAAUACUCAAUUCAGUAAAUACUCUUCACUAUUUAGUUAUUAAAAUGUUGAGUGUACUAUUAUGCUCAAAAGUAGCUUCUUAAAUUUCAUUUGAUGAAUAUAUAAUUAUUACAUCCAUGUAGAGCGGUAAACAAUCCACCAAACAGGGAGCGUAUUUUUUUGGAAAGGACAAAGACGUAAGCUAUCCUAAAUUUCAUGAAUUUUUCUAUCGACUUAUAAGUGAGAAUUUUUUUGAUUUCAAGCAAAAAGUUAUUAGGAUAUAUUAUUUCAGUCCUUCCUUAAAAAAAAUCCUAAAUACGGCCUGUAUCACAUUACAUUUAAAAGGUUAAAUAAUAAAUUUAUACUUUUUAAUUUUAAUUUAUUUAAAAAAAAUUAGUUUCUCAAGACUCCAUUUUUCUUGUCUAAAUAAAAUAUGUUUUGUAUAUUUAUUUAAUUUUAUAUUUAUAUUUUUUAUACCUUCGAUAUUCUUUUCCAGUAAAUUUGUUUUUUAUAAUGUACAGUUAUACAAUUUGGCAUUUGUGAAUAAGAAUAAAUAAAUUGUUUUUCAGUGAAAC